UAAAGAAAUUAUUGGCAGCCAUCUUUAAAAAAUAUGCAACUGAUACAAAGAAAAGCUCUAAAUAUAGCCCUUAGUUUUGGAAUGUAAAUAUAAACAAAUCAAAAGAAUGAGUCACCUUAUACAUGACUGCUCUUGACCUUAAAACAGCGGAAGUUGCGCAGAAUAACAAAAUGGCUGACAUUGUGCGAGUACAAAAAACUUACGAUCAAUAAUGCAAGAAUUAUGGAUAUAACGUCGCACCAGCGAUCGAAGAAUAAAGACGCAAAGUUGUGUACCAUUAACAUUCAGUUUUAAUUUCGCUUUGGACGGUGCAAAAUAUGGAUAAAAAGGAGGAAACAGGCAACUGUGUCUGCCAUGAAAAAGUAGAAAAUGCAAUAGGUGAAGCAUUUCACCGUUAUGGAAGACUGAUCUUUCGCCAUCCUGUUAAAAUAAUCGUAAUGAUUUUGAUAUUAAACGGGGCUCUUGGGGCCGGAAUGAUAAAGCUAAAAGAAGAUAUCGAUGUCAGCCGAGUCUAUACUCCUAUGAACAGUCAAGCAACGAAAGACGAGGAAUUUAUUAUUGCGUUGUUUCCCGACCAAAGUGGAACAGAGUUCUAUAGCUACCAGACUGUAAACCAGCCGAGAUAUGCAACUGUGUAUGUCAGGGCAGUUGAUGGCAAUGUAGUAAGCCAGUCGAACUUUUACAAGCUAAAAACCAUUGUUGAUAUUGUAAACGGUACUGUAGGUGAAGUUCCUUUCGAUCAAACAUGUGCAAGACGCAGUGGCGCUUGUGUGAUAGAUGGCGCAGUUUUACUUACAAGCCAUUUUAGCGCAUUUGCAGCUGCAAACAACGUUUCAUAUCCAUAUUUCAACGAUGAAAACGGUAUUCCAACUGACAUAGCGCCCUUGCUUGGUGAAGCCAAUGUCAGGGACAAAAUUCUUCAAGAGGCUAAAUACCUUAAAUUACAGUUUUAUUUGCGUUCGGAAAGUUCAUAUGACAUAGAAAAAAUUCAAGCGUGGCAGGACAAGUUCAUAGAGAAUAUGGAAAAUUUUAGAAGCUCUGAUCUCGAAAUCGCUUACGCUCAUACAGAUUCGCUCGGGAAUGAGUUAAAUGCAAACAUUGGCGGAGAUAUUGCACUUUUCUCUGCUACCUUUACAUUGAUGAUCACAUACGCAUGCGUUGCAACAUUUGCGGCCAGUAACGACUGUGUAGCCAACAGAAUGAUGCUGGGUUUUGCUGGUGUGAUUGCUGCUGGUCUUGGUAUCGUUGCUUCCUUCGGUUUAGUCAGCGCGAGCGGCAUGAGCUUUGUCAGCAUUGUUGGCAACUCUCCUUUCUUAAUUCUGGGAAUCGGUGUAGACGACAUGUUUAUAUUACUAUCUGGUCUGGUUACUGCUGGAUUUUCCGACUCCUCGGAACAACGAUUUGGAACAAUGAUGAGGCAUAGUGGAGUUGCAAUUACAAUAACAUCGCUUACUAACAUCAUUGCAUUCGGAUGCGGCGCUUCUUCUUCAUUCAAAAGUGUUCGAAACUUUUGUGUGUAUACAGGCGUUGCAGUCAUCUUCUGUUACAUAAACCAAGCAAGUUUCUUUUCGGCAUGGAUUGCUUUGAACGAAAAGCGAAUUGAGCAAAGAAAACACGUUGUUCUUUGCUGUAAUUCAGCAAUGUCAAAGACACAGUACAAACAGAAGAGAGCAUCAAAGAUGACAAUAUUUUGCUGUGCAGGUCAGAAACCGUCCGAGGAAAAAGACAUUGAUAGCUUCUUGGAACGUUUUCCAAAAUGGGUUCUCCCUAAAAUAGUGAAGCCCUUAGCAAUGAAAAUAAUAAUUUUGUUUGCUUUUGCUGCUUACUUAGGAGUAGCUAUUUGGGGCGUUAUCAAUUUGAAGCAAGGUCUUGUGAUAAGUGAUCUCGUUUCUAAAGAAUCAUAUUUCUACAAAUUUAACAAAUGGGAGGAAGAUUAUUUUUCAGAACAUAUACCGAUCAUGUUCGUCGUUGACAAUAAAGUAACCUAUUCUUCUGCAGAAGUACAAAAUGAAAUUCAGAACCUCUUAAAUGCCGCGUCUUCUAGUGAGUUUAUGACAAACACGACCAUUUCCUGGUUAGAUGCAUACACAUCUUCAAUAUUUUAUAACGAUACCAAUGAAGCAUCUUUCAUAGUUGGUAUUAAUUCUUUUCUCGCAGAUCCGAUUUAUUCCCGUUUUGAGCAUGACAUUAAGAUUUCAAAAGACAACCAAACUAUUGUUGCAUCUCGCUUCUAUGUGUUCACCAUUACUAUUGCUGAUUCUCAAGAUUCGGGGAAAAUGAUGACAGAUAUGAGAAAAAUUGCAAAUGACGAAAAGAAAUUGUCAGUUACCGCGUUUUCCCCAUCUUUUAUUUUCUAUGAACAGUAUGUACAGAUUUUGCCUCAAACGUUACAGACGCUUGGAAUGUCUCUCGGUGCUGUUUUUCUUGUCACCCUGUUCUUUAUGCCACACCCUCUACUUCUGUUUUAUAUCCUGGUCACAAUAGUGAUGAUCAUUACUGGAAUAGUUGGUUUUAUGCAUCACUGGGGCCUAACUCUUAGUUCGAUAACAAUGAUUCAUCUGAUCAUGAGCGUGGGGAUUUUCUAUUGACUAUACUGCACACAUCUGUCACGCAUUUAUGGUUGCCGACGGAAAUACUCGUGAAGAAAGAGCACAGCUCGCUUUGAAGACGGCCGGAGCACCAAUAUUUAAUGGCGCUGUUUCCUCUCUAAUUGGUAUAAUUAUGCUGUCUAUCGCCAAGUCAUAUAUAUUCAAAUCCUUUUUUCAAGUUAUGUUUUUGGUAAUUGCAUUUGGCUUAUGUCAUUCGGUUCUGUUUUUGCCCGUUGUAUUGUCGUUUAUUGGGCCAAAUAAAAGCCAUAGUAAGACCCAGAACAUUGGACGCAUUUCCUCAACGGAGUUAUCGAUGAGCAAUUCUAACACAAGUUUAAAAGCAAGAAGUACGCCUUAUCGCAAUGCAAUUGGUGAGAGAGAUUUGCCAUCUCCACCACCGGUACAAAACCAUGAUAAAACAUAUAACCGUGAUAGGCCAUUAUCCGGCCACAGUGUUCGUUCUAACGUAGGUAAAUCGGAUAUCCUAACGCAAAUGCGGCAAAACUCGCCCGUGAUUGUAAUAUAUACAGGAAAAUAAAAUGAUACAAUGGAAAUUUACAAAUGAUCAAACUCUAUUCAAGUCGAUCGCAAUCAAGAAAAGUGGAGAAAAUCCCUAUUUAUUGAUAACUUGUAGUGUGCGUAACUUGUAUCUCCAAUCACAAUUAUAAAACUGAUACUUAUGAGUAUAUCAAGUCAAUACAAUAAGACCAGCACUUCCACAAUAGCAAUUCUGCCAAAAACGUUGUUUUGAAAUAAAUCGUCGAAAACCUAUUCGUACAACUCCCUCUGCAUGAUGCUCAGAAAUAUGGAAUAAUCGCUUUCUUGGCCUGAUUAAAGCAGAAAUAUUAGAAUUAAUUGCUUCUACAUCAAUGGUGUUAUUAUAAUGUAAGAAAUAAGUAAAAGGCGAAUUUUUAGGGUGUUUCUGUCGAUUGAUUAUGAUCUUUCCACUUGUUUUAUCGGAGUGCGUGUUGUAUGAUUUGCGUAGAAAUUAUUUGCACGUUUAGAGAUCAUUUUUAUUGCAUGGUGAAAUGUUUGCAUAGAAAACCACAUUGUAAAACAUGUAUGUGCCAUCGUCUGUAAAUAAGAUUUUGUAAUUAUCACAUUGUUAUUAUUAUUAUUGACAAUUUAAAACUAAAGGUUGGGCCGUUUCUUUUAUAAAACAUUGAAAUCUUAAUAAAAAAGGAAAAUAAUAAUACAGAACCAUGACAAAAUUAAUAUACUAAAAUUAAAAUCAUCAUGUACGAAAUAUUCAAGAGAUUGUAAACAUGAGUUUGGCUUUUAACCUGUCUAUAUUUUUGAUUAUCCAACAUGUUUCUAUUACUAGUACAAUCAUGUUAUCCUUUAUUGUGUUUUCUGCAUUUAAAUUGAAAUUUAUGUGGGUUAGAUUUGCCUUUUCCAAACAUGGUCUUUAUAGUGACAAACAUACACUGGUAUCAAUUCUAUUUUAAAAUCAUUAUAUUAAUAUGGAAAAAUAAACUGUAAACAUACUCUCACAUAUAAGACAUUCAACAUAAUACAUGAAGAGUGGGGAUGAAUAUAUCUUAUUCUGUGCCUUUGUCAUGGUAAACAUGGAUUUCGUUUAUGAAAAACUGUUCGACACGAGCUUUGCCUAUCUUACUUUGUUUAAAAUAAAAAUGAAAUCAUUGGUUAAUUACUAUACAAAUUUUCACAUCAAUAACUAGGUCCGAUAUUGCUAUUUUGAUGCGUUGUUUUUAUGUGGAUAGGAAUGAAGUGUUUCAUUGGUUAUGCAUAUUGAUAUAUAUUAAAAUACUCUUACAAGCAUCAACUAGCAUUCACCAUGUACAUUGAUUUUUGUCCGAUAUUGCUAUGUCGAUGCGUUGUUUUAAUGUAGAUAGGAAAGAAUUGUCACAUUGGUUAUGCAUAUUGAUAUAUAUUAAAAUACUCUUACUAACAUCAACUAACAUUCACCAUGUACAUUGAUUUAAAAUAAAAAAACAAGUUGUAUUUGUAUGUUCUUUGUUAUAUUCUCGGAGAAUGAAUGACUCAUAAUAUAGCUAUCCUAAAAAUGUUGGAAUACAUUGCAAACGAACUACGAACUAAAACAGUCCAUAUUACCUCAGAUACAUGCUCUCAAGCCUGCAUAUUUGUGUUUAUUUUAAAUUCACUUUGAAGUUUAUCUGCUUUGCUUUGAACCAGUUCUUAUUUACAGCUAAUUUCUCAUAUUUAAAGAUGAAAAUGGCGGUCAACGCACAAUAUACAUGUACAUGAACGAUACAUGUGCACGAACUUGUCUUUCCUAAAAACAAAUUCAAGUCAUCCGAGUAAUCGAGUACUCGAUCGGAAGAUGGUCCGGGUACUCGAGUACCAAUUUUACUACUCGUUACCAUCCCUAUUUUGAACGCAUGUAUGCAACAUGCAUUUUCGAUUUGUUUUGCAGACGAUAGUAAUGAGUCAUUAAUCUUUAUAAUGUUUUUAGAAACUAGCAGGUAUAAACACUGUUAUUGUUAAACACUGCGAAAACCGAAGGGGAUUUUAACAAAACUCAAUAAACCAAUUAUAUACGCAAUGCGAUCACGUCUUCGGUGUAUGAUCGUAAAUUGCGCAGGCGUUACAUCAGCAAAAUUUCAGAAAAUAACCUAAUACUUCUUUUCUUUCUUCCCUUCUUGGUACCCGCUUAUGUCUGCGUGCAAAAAAAAUGUGAAAUUUAAUCAACAACCCGUUGGUAGCAUUUCAAAUAAGGGGCGGAGCAAAACUGCAAUUAUAAAGUACACGCCUAAUCAUUCUAUCGAGAUUGUUCGACAAAGUGUCCACGUUCGUCUUCGAGAAUCCAUGGCCGAUAGUUCUGGCAAGUUUUAUUAUUCAAACACUUUUUGGUCUUUGUUUUCUGUCGUUAAAUCUGAACAAUGACAUUAAAGAUUUGUACUUACCAGAGAAUACACAAACGGAAAAAACGGAAAGUGACAUUGUUCAAACGUAUUCGAAUCAAUCUGAAUUGAGCUUUAUACCUCAUACCACAAUAAAACCAAGUCUGCAGGCGGACAUUAUACUUUACAGCAAAAACAGUUCGAUUCCACUAAAUUGGAGUGACGUACAAGAUGUUUUCAGCCGGAUUGAAAGCAUCGAGACAUCUACAUUGUACCAACGAAACGCACGGAUGAGAAGCGUUUGUGCAACCUGGAAUGGAACAUGUGUUGUAACUAACACGAGCGCAACGACGAAUCUUCGGUCAAUGACCAAAGAAGAACGUGUUUUGAAUACAUACAUCAAAAUGUCUAUCUUCCUUAGACAGGACACUGAGGGGCGCCUUGCAGAAUCGACUCUUUGGCUUGAUAAAUUCACUCAAACGAUGACAACUCUUACCUCUGAGAAUACUGGCUUCGUGUUCAGCACAUCAUUAUCAUUUUACGAUCGCCUCAAUUCGGACACUUACAUAGACAUUCGAUAUUUCGGUCUAGUGUUUACUGUGUUUAUGACAUAUUGCGGAUUCCUUCUUUCGGGCGGCGACUGCUUGACCAAGCAAGCACAUGUCGGUAGAAUGGGACUGAUUGUCACCCCUUUGAGUGUUAUGGGCGCAUGGGGUCUCUUGUCUGGUUGCGGUGUCCCCUUUACGAAUAUGACUGGAGUGAUGCCAUUAGUUGCACUUUUUUUACAGGUGAACAAUGUACAGUACACACUGAUGAAACUGGCUGGAACCUCGGGCAUUCCUGAUGCCAAGACUCGCAUUCAACAGACUGUCCGUGAAAGUACAGUUUCUGUAUGUGCGGCAACAAUCACCGCUACCGUACCUUUAGUUGCUGGCCUUUUCUCAAGCUACAAGUCAACUCGACUAGUCUGCCUGUACACAGUGGUGACAAUGUGUUUUUCCUAUAUCAAUCAUUGGACGAUGUUUCUUGGGUGUUUGGUUAUUCAUGAAAAACGCAUCGAUGCAAACCGCCAUUGCUGCACAUGCAGAAAAAUUAAUUUGCCCGACGACGAAAAUGUUCAAGAAAGAAGUUCAUGCUUUAGGUGUUGCUGUACUGGCCGUCCACCUAGGUCAUAUAGAGACACACAGAGCACGUUACAGAAGAUUCCUACAUUCUUUCUCUCUCGAGCAGUUCUUUCCUUGCCUUGCAAAAUAUUGUCAACAUGUAUUUGUGUUGUCUUUCUCGGAGUAUCAAUAUACCAUGCGAUUCAAACAAGAGCCGAUAUUUACCAUGAAAGUUUCAUAAAAGAAGGGUCUUAUUUUUACGAUUACAAUAUUUUAAAUGAAAAAUACUUUCCUGAUCAUAUUUUCAUAACUUUUGCCACAAAACGUAGAUCCGAAAUCACUGUUGAAAACUGUGAAUCUGUGCGAAGUAGCCUCGAGAUAUUUAUUAAUAAGAAGGAAGCGAUUCUUAGUAAUGAGACAAUUUUUUGGUUUGACAAAUAUAUCAACGCCGUUCACGAGAAUAGAUCGCACGAUUUUGCAUCGUCAGUGCGUAGUUUUUUGUCUAUGUUUCCUGAAUUCAAACAGGACGUUGCGUUUAGCGAAGACGGAUCCCAAAUCCAGUCGUUUCGAUUUUACCUGAAAACUAGGCCUAAGCAAGAUAUUAUAAAAUUGCAUUCGGAGAUCGGCAAUGAAGCAGUUCUAGGUGAACUAGUAUUUUUUGUUUAUUCCCACAACUUUAUUUGGGUUGAUUCCUAUCAAAAGGCCUUUUGGGAAACACUUGUAUUUAUGGGAAUUGAGUUUCUUGUGACUUGCGUGUCCAUGGGUUUAAUAUGCAGAGACCCUUUACUUACAGUUUAUACCUGUAUUUGGUAUGUUGUCGCUUGUGUAGGAAUAUUUGGUUUAAUCAAUAUUCUUGACGUUUCUAUCACGUCUGUCUGUUCAAUCAUUCUAAUAUUUGGUGCAACCUACAUUUGCAAUGUGAUUGUCUAUAGUCACCUGUCGUAUUUGGAGUCAGAAGGCACUGAUAUCGCUUCCAGAACCUAUAAUGUAUUAGUCGAGACAACUUCCUCAUUAUUUAACACGCUGUUUGCAACAUUACUUGGCCUUAUGGUUAUGUUCACCAAUGAAUCAUUUGUAUUUAUAACCAUUUUCAAAGGGAUGGGUUCAAGCAUUGUGGUAUCAUUGUUUGUCGGUUGUUUAUUUAUUCCAACGCUUCUCAGUAUCUUUGGGCCGAGUACAGGAAAAACAUGGUCAGAAAAUGUAGAAAAGAAAAUAGAUAUGACGGUGAUUGCGAAUGGGCAUCAUGAGACAGAAUUUGGUCAAACAAAUAACGCUUUCAUUGAUACAGCGGAGAACACAGAGUACUUGUAACUUAAACGAUCCCAUCCGAAUUAUAUCUAUAAAUAAAUACCAUUAGUUACAUAAAACGAAUAUGCCAAAUUUGCUUACCGAAUUAUGCCAAAUUUAAAGUUCCUGGGUACCGCGUACAAGCCUCAUGGGCGCCUUGUACUCCGUUUAAAUAUCCCCCAAACACCACGAACCAAAUAAAGGAUGGGCGGGGAGAGCUAAAGGAAUCAGCCUCCUCAAUUGCUAUUACUUGUUGUCGUCAGGUAUUUUUGGCGAUUUAGAUCAGGAAAUAAUUGAUUCACUCACUAUGUUAUUGAGUUAAAUUUGCUAUGAACAUGUACAUUGAUUUUUUAAACAUACUCAUUUUGUUUUCUAUAUCUCCUUUUCGUCCUCUUAAUGUUUUUACGAAGUUCUGUAAAAAAGUAAUAAUAUUUUUACUUCUGUAUCUGUGCCCCAAGUUUAAGACAUUAUAACGACUCGUGAUAUACGCUUUUAUAGUGAACUUCGUAAAUCUGCACCAUUUAUUAUAAGUUAUGUUAGUGUAUGUAUGUAAAUAUUUAUGAAUAUAAAAUAUGUUACCUUUUUUAUGCAUUAUGCUGAUACAGUUCUCUAUUCAAAUGGAUAGUUAAUAUGAAUAAGUUCGCCUAACCUUUAUAUGAAGUAUAAUACAUAGGAACCCCUUAUGUAAAUACAGUCGAACGCUGUUAUCUCGAUGUUUUGCUUAUGUUGAACUUUUUUCGAAUGUAAUAAGUUUAGUUAGACGUGUUUUGUAUUUCGGUUAUAUCGAAUGUUCGAUAUAUCGAAGUAUUUCCCGAGCCCCAACGACUUGGACAUAGCGAGUUUUUACUAUAUACAACGUAUGAGAGACCAAUAACAUAACCCGAGGCUAUGUCAACAUUAGCGCUAUAUUCCAAAAGCGAGACAUUUGCCGUUUGAUAACCUUUAUGUAAUAGGUGUUGUUCCGAAAUGUCUUCAUCGUGCCAGUUCAAUGUCAAACUGACCCUUGAAAUGCAUAUAUAUGGCACUUAAGAACUAUAAAUCAUAACUGUUUAAGACUGCAAGUUUGCGAUUUAUGCUUUAUCUUUUAUCAUUAUGAGAGUGUUGCAUUAUUUUAUCAUUAUGUAAUAUUUACCUUUUAAACACCUUUUCAAAUUUAUUGAUCAUGUGUUUAUGUUUUAAUGCCAUCCCUUUAUUUGCGCAAUAUUCGCAUUGUACUUUUUUUGGAAUAUUUUUGUAUUUGCACUUACGAUUAUAACAUCAAUAAAUAACUUAUGUUAA